AUGUCUGAUUAUCUUAAAGCACUCUAUGGUGAGGAGGAGGAAUAUGAUGAUUAUGAUUCCAACGAAGAAGACUACGAUGAAGAUCCAUACUUAGAGAAAGAGGAUGAUGACAAUCAAGAAGAAGUUGUUGAAAAUGUUGAUCCACAGCAAGAUUCCAACGAAUCCGAGGAGGUCCACCACAGUCAUUCCAUUCCCUCCGAAUUGGGAUCCAAUAUGACCUCUUGGUCUUCUUGUCUUCUUUUUCCUCCGAAACCUUCAUUUAAAAACCAUGUUCGAUCUUUGUCAAAACAAAAGAAAGUAGAACAUCACGAACGUGUCAUUGAAUACAUUGGUGAAGAGGAAGUUGAGAAAUAUAAAGAAAAAUACUUUAAUAAUCAUGAUUUGGAGCGUUGGAACAGUACCUAUCAAAACACCAUCAUGGAAAAGACAAGUAUGAUCACCAAGGUACCAAUACGAUUUAUUGAAUCUCACAAAUUAAUUUAUGAAAAAGUGGAUCAUGUUCUUGGUAGGAAACCAAUGAAACCGAGAGGAGCAGUUCAAGACAAGGUGGUGGACUUGGGCUAUGACUUGGCACUUUCAAAUAUGGUGGGAUGCUUGUUUUCGAAUUAUAUUUACCUUUCAGGAGGUGAAAAGGAUGGAAAUUCCUAUUCACAAACCAUUGUAUUUGACAUUCACAACAAGAAAUGGAUCAAUUUUUCAGAAAUAUACAAUAAUUGCUUUGGAUAUUGGAACAGACAAUGGCCGAUCAAUCCACCACAUUCAAAGGAUCAUAUUCUUGUCAGCCUGAGCGGUUAUUUGAUUUGGUCCAGUUGGAACGAGUGCUUGUACCUUCAGCCACCUGCUCAACUGAUAGAAGGAAAUAUAUUUUUUUCAAAACAAUGGGAUUCUGUGUCCAUGCAGACAUUAGAUACGAUUGAACACACUACAAAUUAUUCACAUAGCAGUUCACAGAACAAGUUUUGGAUUUUUGGAAGACGAAGUUUGAAAUCCAAACAGGUCACUAAUCAACUUGUGGUAGGAGAGCUAACUCGAGCGACUUCUUACAGCAUUACUUUAGUACGAAAACUGGUACCAAGCGAUGGAGCUCCUUUACCUCGAGAAAAUCAUGCACAAUGUCAAGUUGAUGACAAGAUUUUUAUUUAUGGAGGAAACUAUAUGGAGACUCAUCAGUUGUUAAAUGAUUUACAUGUUUUUAACGCAACUGCCAAGCAAUGGAUUGAGGUUGAUCUAAGUAUUUCUCCUCCUCCAAUGAGAAAUCACUCUCUUUGUUCUGUUGGAAAGUACAUUUAUUUGAGUGGUGGUAUUUUAGAAAAUAACAAAAUUAGCAAUGUCAUGUAUCGAUACAAUGUGAGCAAGGGAAGAUUUUCAGUGGUCAUUCCAAACAACCAAGAUGCGCUUGUGUGUGCUGCUGGAAGAGCAUUCCAUUACAGUAUUGCAAUUUAUGAUCACAUAUUAUUUGUGGGAGGUUUAUGUGACUUGCAACAACGAAAACAUGCUCCACAUGCUGCACUCCUUCAUUAUGCUUUAGAUGAUGGUGUUGAAAAUAGUGCCUAUGUUUAUCUUAAACAUCAACUCGAAAAGCAAAAACAAGGAGAUUUAGAGAACUAUGACAUGAUACUGAGGGUGGCAGAUCGUGAUCAUGGUGAAUCUCAUUAUCUUUAUUGUCACCGAACGCUUCUCAUGACUCGAAGUGAAUAUUUUAAGAAUUUACUUCAACAAAUGAGCAGUCAGGAAGUAGAAUAUUCAGAGGAUGGAACUAAAAUAGUGAUGAAUAUGGAACACAAGUAUCAUUUAGAUGCUGUACAAGUCUAUGUGAGAUUUCUCUAUACUGGAAAUGUGAUUUUACCAGAGGAUGUGCAAGAAUCAUGUCUACAAGAAAUUAUAGAGUUAUCAAAAUUUGAUCAUCCAAAACAUCAGAUAUUUUCUGACCUUUCUGAGCGAAAAAAGAUUUAUUUGGAUUCAUCAGCAAAAAUUUUACAAGAAUUGAAAAGUGAUUUUCAUCAACUCUAUUUACAAGUGGAGCAAUCUGUUGACAAUUUUAUUUGUGAACCAUGUUUUGAAAAUUCCUAUGCUGACGUGACGAUUCAAAUCUUAGAUCCUCAUUCUCAUCAAGUAUUGCAUCAAUUAAGAGCUCACAAAUUCUUCCUUAAUCGAUCUGCUUACUUUGAUGCUGUAUUUUCCUCAAAGAUGGAAGAAUCCACAACAGGCAUUAUCAAAUUUAACGAAAUAUCACUCAACGGUCUUUUAUGUGUUUUGAAAUAUUUAUACACGAAUCAAAUUGUGGUGUCUAUUGAGACAGCGAUUGAAGUAUUUCUCAGUGCUCUGCUCUUCCAAUUGAAUGAAGUUGCCAAUCAUGCAAGAGUCAUUGUUCGAAACAAUAUUACUGCCCAGAAUGCUUUGGAACUUGUUGUGUUGGCAGAUGUGUACAAUGACGUUUCCAUUCGUAAUCAUUGCAUUAAGGUCAUCGCAGAAAAUUUCACAGAAUUAUCGAGUCGAGAAGCCUAUCAAUAUCUUCCUGAAAAAGUGAAAUCAGAGACUCGUGAAGUGUACUUGUACAAGUUGAGAAAAUUGUCAAAGCAAAAGAAGUUUAAUAAUUCGAAAGAAUAA